AUGCUGAAAGAUGGUGUGAAAAAGACAUGGGACUACAUCAAAGGACAUGACAGCAUUGCAAUUCUCCUAUACAACAAGGACAGGGAUGUAUUUCCAGUUGUAAAGCAAUUCAGACCAGCGGUGUAUGCAGCCAAAAUCCAGGCAUUCACUGAUGGACAAAUAGUGGACACUGCCAAGCAUAAAGGAGAGGAAGGGAUGUGCAUUGAACUUUGUGCAGGGAUCAUGGACAAGAAUAAAGAUGUUACAGAGAUGGCUCAAGCAGAGGUCUUAGAAGAAACAGGUUACAAAGUUCCUCUGGAAAACCUCAAGAAAAUAACAAGUUUCAGGAAUGAAGUUGGUGUGAAUGGAGCAUUGAUGACACUGUUUUAUGCUGAAGUUACCGAUCAAAUGAAAGUCGAUUCUGGUGGGGGAUUAGUGGAUGAAGGUGAACAAAUUGAGGUUAUUGACCUAUCAGGCAAAGAUGUAAUAAGACACAUGAUGGACGAAACUAUUGAAAAGCCAGUUGCCAUGAUGUUUGCCUUUACCUGGUUUUUCUUCAUGAAAGGUAAAAGGGAUAUAUACACCAGAUGAAGAAUCAUAUUAUAUUUGUGGACUCUUGUGGAGGAAGUUGAAUGGAUUGAGGUUACUAAACUUCUCCUUUACAUUGUUCCAACUGCACAAGUGUUGGCCAAGGCCAACACUUCUGCAGCACUGGUUUUACAGUUUUCAUUCAUUAAUUCAUUUAUUUGACCAGAGUAAAUGUUUCCCUUUUUUCUGUACAUGGAAGUGAAAGCAAAACCAUGAAUACAAUUUUUUAAUAUGACAUGCUGAUUAUGAAAAAUGAGUCAAUGAAAAUAUCUGUUUGCUGCAUAUUAGCUCAUUGUAUAUUUGAUUUUCUCACUAAAAAGGGGAACUAAAGAGCUUUAAAAACACAAUGAAUCUUCUGCCAUAGGCCCAUAUGCAUUAGGAUACUAUAAUCAUGUAGCUGUAAAAUAUGUUCAAGUGAUAUUGUCAUACAAUCCUUAUUUAAAAGUGAAUGUAUAGAAAAGGAAAAGGACCACUGGUAUGUGUAUAAACAUUUAGUUGUGUUUUUUUUGGCAAAUAUUGUGAAAUGAAUGUUGAAUCAAGAAGCUGAAAAUUAUUAAUCAUUCUAGUGAAUAUGUUAUCCAGGGUAAGGAUCCAGGAAUUAUGUGAAUAGUUGAGUUCUUGAGCUGGUCCUAUCUGUUUAAAGUGAACAUGUUAGCUUGGCUUGAAUAUGUAAGAAUAAAAAUUAAACAGGAUGUAUUUACUAGAGAGAGCUUUUUCAUAUUUGUAAGUUUCUGUCCAUAGCAAAAUUUGAUGAGUUUCAGAAUAUUGCAUAAAAAUUAAUUCCACAAUUUAACCGGACGGUUUUUUUCAAUUGCCUAAAUUAUCAAACUUGAAUUAUCAUUUUCCCUAGAGACGGCAUGUUUGACUCCUUUUUUAUUCUUGAGAGAAGUUUAGAACAAGGGAUGCCUCUUUAUGGUGUACAUGUAACUGAAUUCAACUUGCAGAGUUGCAAACACAUCAAAGUUGAGUCACAUGCAGGAAAUUUUGGGUUCUUAUUUUUGCAGCAUAUUUAUCUAUGUCCAUAUAUACUCUGUGUCAGGCACAUAUUCUCAAUAGGUUUCAAUUGUACCAUGUACAAAACCAUAAGCUAUGCAGAUGUUUGUACAUAAUUACACUUAUUUUAUUGCAUGCAUGAAGAAAAAUCACCUUUGCUUUUGGCAAAGUGUAAUAAUAUGAAGAAUUCUGCAUAGUCCAUGAUUUUGUACCAUGGUACAAUUGAAACCUCUGGUAGAAAAAGUAUCACUGGUAUGUCUCAUUUGCAAUUGUCAUACAUGUAAGUAUUGGUAAUUUCACAGCAUCAAGUGUCAAGGUAUAGAAAUGAUUAAAUGUCAGCCUUACUGCUAUAGAUGAUUUUAAAGUUCUUUAUUAAAGCUAAUUAUUUCAAAGGAAGAAUAUCAGCUAUUAAGGAUUUUACUUCAAAUUUUAUUGGGAAUUUUUAUUUAAUUACGACUUAUGAUACUCAGGGAUAUGAAUCAGAGAAUGUUUCAAAUUCUUAUUUUUCAAACCCAGGUUUGCUCACCAUCAAACUGGGAGAGCCAGAUUCACCCCCACACUCACAGCUAUUGCGCUUAACCGUUUCUGAACAAUUCAUUGCCCCCUCCCCCUUCUACUCUCUUCUUCUGCAUGCUUCUUUGGCUGUCUCCUCCUUGAAUUCAAAAGCCCCUCUUAAAACAUGCCUAUCAUCUCUCCCCUGCGUUAAUGCCUUCAUACCCCAUUUGCCUUCACCAACCAGUUCACCACUAUUUCUUAACACAGCAUCUGCAUAAUCAACUCUGUAUUCUUGUUAUCCAUCAACUUCACACCACACAUUGCGCUUCCUUGUCAUCAAAUCCCCAUCUCAUUUUCACUCAAACACAAUGUCAGAAAUAUUCCAUCUAUCUCACUCAGGGGGGGGGGGGCCACUUACAUUGAAUGUGGAUUCCAUGUGCGACCAAAAAAACAUGUAAAAAGGAUGUCUUUUUUAAGAUAGGGCACGUUACGUACGUAACGUAAUAAGGGCGUCAAAAACACUGAAAUAAUGAAAAAAGGGUAUCUAUUUCGCUAGGAAAGCUACGUGUUUAGGGUCAAAUUUGCGAGGGUAUAAAAAAUCAAGAGUUGGGCUGUACUAAACCCAAUGAUGUAGGUAAAGGUAAAACCGAGUCUGUGACAUAACAUUGAAAUAUCGCUGUACUUGUUUAGGGGUUCAAUUCAGGAAAUACUUGCCAAUAGUAUCGUUUUGUUUCCAAUACUUGUUAAGGGUAGGGUUUCACACGCAAAUACUUGUUAAGGGGUGCAUUUUCAGAAUGUGGAAAAUAAGAUACAUUUACGCCUUAUAGAGCAGCUUGCAAGUAUCCUGUCGUGGAUUUUAUCCAACUUUACUGAUAUUUUCUCUUAUUUUUCUGAUUAUUCAAGAGGGUGGACUUCCCCUUUGAAUUAAAAGGAUUUAAAACGUCAGAAUUUAAUGAGAGAAGAGAUAUAUAUAUACAUUGCAAUGGAAAGCCUGUUCGAAAAUUGUGUACAAAAACAUUGUUGUCAAGUUUAAUUAUAAAUAGCAUGUUUAAUGUGCUAAUUCUUGUAUAUAUUUGUACAUCUAUAGAGAGACAUUUAAAUAAAUGAAUAUGAAAUCCA